AUCAAACGAAUGUAAACAAAUCGUCUUGUCAAGUGUCAGUGACAGCUGCGAAAUAGAGAAACGUGAAGAAAUCUUAGUAUGUCAUCUCCAAAAAUAAAACUUUGACCAGUUUUGGCUUAAAAGUCAAUGAGCACGAUACCGGAAGUAUAUUAUAAAAAUGAACGUUAUGCAAAGUUUGAGACAUUCAAGAUAUAGGUUAUGUUCGUUUAUUUUGAACAAACAUUACUUUAAUAAUAGGAUAAAUAAUCAUUUAUGUGUCAAACAACAACAAAGGCACUUUUCGUUACAAUCAACUAUUGACUCAAUCGCGAAAACCCAAACUGGUAUUUUUAAAAGUUUGUCAGAGAGUACCCCAGUUGAGUAUUGUCAAAAGUUUUUGUUAAAUGUCCAUGACACGACAGGUCUCCCAUGGUGGGCAACGAUAAUAUGCACUACGAUUAUGAUGCGCGGCUGUGUGACUGUACCACUUGCUAUUUACCAAAAUUAUAUUAUGGCCAAAUUGGAAUUUGUCAAGUUAGAAAUGGAUGGUAUUGCUAAGGAGUUAAAGCGAGAAACGGCAAUUGCUGUUAAAAUGUACAAUUGGGAUGAGAGGACUGCGAGAAUCACGUUUAAGCGAUCUAUCAGAAAACAGUGGCAGGGUUUAAUACAACGAGAAAAUUGUCAUCCAUUUAAAUCCACUUUGUUGAUAUUUUUCCAAAUACCCCUAUGGAUAUCUCUUUCUGUUAGUCUAAGAAACCUGGUUUAUAUGUUGCCACAUCAAGACACAAACGCUCAAAUCACAUUUACUGAAUUAAGUGUUGGGGGUUUUGGCUGGAUUCCCAACUUAACUGUAGCAGAUUCAUCACUAGUUUUACCAGUUUCGUUUGGUUUACUAAAUCUGGCAAUUAUUGAAAUGCAAACUUUAUCUAAGAUAAAUGUUCCAACAAAAUUGCAAAGAUACUUAACAAAUUUUUUUAGAGGACUUAGUCUUAUGAUGAUCCCCAUUGCAUCAGUGGUGCCAUCAUGCGUUGUGUUAUAUUGGACAACUUCAAGUGCCUUUGGAUUUGUUCAAAAUUUAAUAUUAAUCUCGCCAAAAAUUAGACGAAUGUGUAAAAUUCCACAAACCCCAAGUGAGAUUGAGCAACCUUACCAACAUAUUCUUCUAGGAUUUAAACAAAAAUGUAAAAACCUAAGUGGUUUUAAAACCUGAUUACAUAGUAUCUAUGUAGCAAACAAGAAAUAAAAAAUUCAAGUCAUCAAAAAAUCAUAUUUUUUACAGAAAACAAACAAUUCAGUAAUUGUCACCAGCAGUAAAGUCUGGUUUUUCCAAAAUAAUGUAUAUAAAAAAAGAUACCUAAAUAACUUAUUUUACUUUUUGUUUGUGUCUUAAAGUCUUAUUUGUGUUUUGAUCCACUUCAGGGAGAUCAGAUUCUUCGUUAUUAACUUUUUUACCUUAAAAACAAUAAUUAAUAAAAGACAAAUUGUUACUUGUUAUACUUACU